UGUCUCCGGUGAUUUAUCAAACAAUGCGAGUUGUUCCGAAGUGGACGAAGUUUUGACAAGAUUGGCAAAGUUGUAGUGAGAAGCGAAGCAAGAACCAUGUCUGCCGACCAAGCUACAAAGCAUGUCGCUGUCAUUGGCGGGGGACUGGUGGGGGCUCUGAAUGCUUGUUUCAUGGCUAAGAGAGGAUUCAAAGUGGAUUUGUUUGAGAAACGAGAAGAUAUCCGAACCAUGGAUGUGGUACGGGGCAGGAGUAUAAACCUGGCCCUGUCUGUGCGCGGGAGGGAGGCCCUGAGGGAAGUCGGAUUAGAGGAGGUAGUCAUCAAGGAAGGGAUCAAGAUGUAUGGCAGGAUGAUCCACGGUGGGGAUGGUUCCCUCAAUGAGAUCUAUUAUGGCAGGAAAGAUCAGUACAUCAUGUCGGUGGACCGGCGAAAACUCAAUGAAGUGUUGCUGACCGCUGCUGAAAAAUACCGUAAUGUCCAAAUGCAUUUUGAACAGAAGCUGGUUCGCUGUGAUAUAAAGACAGGUGAUCUAGAAUUCAAAAGUAAAAGUGGACAGACUAAUAAAAUGUGUGUUGACCUUAUAAUCGGAAAUGACGGAGCAUUUUCUGCUGUCCGACAACAAAUGAUGAAAGACACACUGCUAAACUACGAGCAGACCUACAUACCACAUGGGUACAUGGAACUAUGUAUCCCUCCCAACUCUUUAGGAGAGUUUAACAUGGGGGUGAACUAUUUGCACAUUUGGCCGAGGAAUGAGUUUAUGAUGAUUGCUCUACCAAACCAGGACAAAAGCUUUACUGCGACUCUCUUCAUGCCUUUCGAUAUCUUUAAUAACAUCAGUACCGUAGAGGAAGCUAUGGUCUUCUUCCGGGAAAAGUUCCCAGAUUCUAUUCCACUGAUCGGAGAAGAAGCUAUAAGAGAGACUUUCAGGAAAAAUAAAGCAUUGCCCAUGGUUUCCAUCAAGUGCUCACCCUACCAUGUCGGAGGUAAGACGGUCAUCAUGGGGGACGCAGCCCACGCCAUGGUUCCCUUCUAUGGACAGGGCAUGAACGCAGGAUUUGAAGAUUGCAUUGUGUUCAACGACAAACUGAAUGAGCACAAUGAUGAUUUUGAUGCAGCCUUAAAAGCCUAUACCGAGUACAGAAAACCUGACGCCCAGGCCAUCAAUGAUUUGGCGAUGUACAACUAUGUUGAGAUGAGAAAGUCUGUAAACUCAAAGAUGUUUUUGCUGAGAAAGAAGCUGGACAAUUUCCUGUACAUGCUGUUCCCUAACAGAUGGGUUCCUCUGUAUACCAUGGUGUCUUUUUCAAGGACCCGGUACCAUGAAUGUAUCAAAAGACGGGAGUGGCAGGACAAGAUGCUGACAAAGUCCCUCAAUGUUGGUUGUGUAGUAUUGGGGUUGUCCUUCGUCUUCUUCGGACGUCACAUGCUAACCAAACAAGGGUCACUUUUGAUGACCUUGACAGAGGAUAUUGCUGGAAAUUUCAAGUCAAUGCUUAGUGCAUAGAUACAAUAUACAUGGUCCUCAUUGAUUCCCGUAUAGGUUCUGAUGUUAAAUUAGAUUCACAGAAAUAUCAGUUAGCUUUCACAGUACAUGAGACACCAAGCAAGAAAGGGAAUCUCUAAUAUCGUGUCUAGUUUAAUUUACAGCGAGGCAUAAGUCUUCAGAUCAUAUGUUUAGUAUAUUACACUACAAGGAAGGGAGUAUCUAAAAUCUUGUCCAGUUUAUAAGGCAAGAGGAAUGGAGUCUCUGAGAAAGUGUCCAAUAAACUGGACAGUGAGGAAGGGAGUAUCUAAAAUCUUGUCCAGUAUAUAAGAUAGGAGGAAUGGAGUCUCUGAGAAAGUGUCCAAUAAACUAGACAGUGAGGAAUGGAUCCGGAACUAGUGUUAAAAAUCUUGUCCAGUAUACUUAAGGGUUGAAUCUUUCUUCGGUCGAUUUCAUCGGGCGAUGAAUUGAGUUGGUCUCGAGACAAAUUCAACAAGUAGUUCAUGUUGAUUUUGUCUCAAAACCACUUAACAACUAAAUUCAUUACCCCAUGGAAUUGACAAAAACAAGAUUCAACUCUUAUAUUUCUUUUUUUUCCCCAAUAAUUGGAACCUGUGAAAUUCUAUAUAGUUUGUCGCUGAUACUGGAGCUAAUGCAAGUCUAUGUAUUGAUGUCCUGUAAUUAAUAGUUAACUUAUGUGCUUAAUUCUUGCAAAAAUUUAACAACCCUAAGAUUGUGUCCAGGAAACUAGACAGAUUAUUAGGAAGUCCCUAAGAUCUUGUUCAGUUUACUUGACAGCCAGGAAGAUCUUGUCCAGUUUACUAGACAGCCAGGAAGAUCUUUUCCAGUUUACUUGACAGCCAGGAAGAUCUUGAUCAGUUUACUUGACAGCCAGGAAGAUCUUGUCCAGUUUACUUGACAGCCUGGAAGAUCUUGUUCAGUUUACUUGACAGCCAGGAAGAUCUUGUCCAGUUUACUUGACAGCCAGGAAGAUCUUGUCCAGUUUACUUGACAGCCAGGAAGAUCUUGUUCAGUUUACUUGACAGCCAGGAAGAUCUUUCCCAGUUAACUUGACAAACAGGAAGAUCUUGUCCAGUUUACUAUAUGGCAGGGAAAUUCAGAGGAUUAAUAUUAAUACACAUUACGAUGAUCAUCUUCAAUAUUAAUUUACAUCAGCAAUCAAAAUCAGUAUCAUAUUUUUACAGACAAUUGAGUAUUGUUGUGACAGAUGUUGUCGAUAAUCACUGGACAAAAUAUAGAUAGUUUUUUUUAUACUUUUAGUACACUCAGUUCAUACUGAACUUCCAGGAACUGGUGUAUAUUGCAUGUUGGAUGUACAUGUUUGUACUACAUGUAGGGUGUUUAACAUAUAAAAUAUAUAACUGUACAAGGUUUUCUCAGUACAUUCCUGAUGUUUUGAUGAAUAUUUAAAUGUGAAUAGCUUUAAUACCUCAGAAUCAUUGUAAAUUUGGCCAAGCAUUAUCAGAUGGUGGGGCCUUCAAAUUGCCUUUUGUUUGUGGUCUAUGCAUAAACUAUUUUUGUUAAAGCGAUUUUCAUAAAAGUACAAGAUUGAACUGAUUGAAACUGUAGUUAUAAGUUCUCUUUGUCUGUAGUCAACAUUUAACCUUAUUAUUUUCAAUCAAACUCAAUGUAAAACCUGUAAAACAAAAAAAAGUGCGAAAGUUUGUUAUAACUUGUCCAUCAAAUUUAAUUUCCUCCCCCUAUUUUUCCAACAAGGAUGAAAUAUUAUAGAGUUAAAAUGUUUAGAUAAAUGUUAUUUUAUAAUCUCUACAGGAUACUAUGUUAUAAAGGUUGUGGUACAUUUCAGUAUUAUGAUAUAUGUAUAUCUAUCCUUUUAUGUAUGUAAAACCCAUAUAUCUUGUAGGUUCAUGUGAUUAAUUGCAAUCAGCUUCUGUCUGUUGUUGUGUGUUGUCUGUCCGAUCACAUAUUUGACUUCUUUUCAAAAACUGCUGAACUGAUUUUUUAAAAGCAAAAAUUUCAAGAAAGCAUUCAAAGCUAAAAAGGCAAAUCAUGUCAUUGAAAGACCUAAGAUAUAAGAUCAGAAGGAAUAAAAUUGGCUAAAAUUUCACUUUAUCCCAGUUACAUACUGGUCAAAUAUCAUAUAAUUUACUCUAGGUUAGUCUUCUAGAACAUGAGAAGUCAUAAACAGAUUUCUUAACAUACUUGACCCCUGUGACUUUGAAUAACUUUAAAUGCCUAUAGCUUCCAUCUCGGCUACCUUCUCGUCAUUUACAAGGACUCAAUGCCUUAAUUAUGGUUCUUUAAGAGAUUUAAUGGACCAUGAUGGGCGAAGAUUCAUGCAAUUGGUCUUUUUAGCAUUUGGCACAGUUGACCUAAAAACGCAGUCCGCAUACCAUUCUUUGAUGACCUGGUCAUCACUGCAGUCAAAUCUUGUAUCCCCAAAUGUAUAUUCAUGUGGACUCAUGUGAAGAUCAAACAUAUCAUAUACAAUAGUCAUGUACAUAGACUUUGACUGCAUAUUUCAGUCUUUUUCAGCGGAAUUGAGUCGCACCAUGAACUGAAAACUGGACUGAACCUGAACAGCUGGGAGUCAUUAUUAACUCCCAAAUGGUUGGUUGUACUCCCACUUUUCAACAAUUGCCCUAAGUAACAAAGUACCAAGGGGAAUGUCAAAUAUACCCCCAAAUCUAAAAUUCUGUGGGACAUUGGAGACCAAUUGUACCUGCAGAGGAAUAGCUGCAAUAGGCACUACUUCACCAGUCUUUUUGAUUCUCUGCCUAACUACGAUCUUCAUAGUUGUGAAUUUUGUUUAUGGCAAACCUUUGUUUUAAGUUAUAUGAUCUGCAUGCAGUUCAUGGCAGGGCUUGCGCUGUCUGUAGCCAAAGUAGCCAUUGGCUACUUUUAUUUUGAAUGGACUCACCACAUAUCGUUUUCUGGGACAAAGACUCUUGCGUGUAUUGUGGCUGACACUGAUUGUGUAAACAUAAUCAGGGCCGUCACAGAUAAGCAUGCGCGCUGUACGACUGCGAGCUUAUGCUUUUGUCUAAGUUGUUAAGUCAAUUAACAACUUUCAGGGGGCAAUAAUGCCUUACCUUUGUUGUUGUUCAGUUAAUCUUGGUAGAAUGUGCAGUUAAUUUCUUGACUUGGUUGUAGAUCUAUAAUAGCUUAUUCAGUUAUUGGGUAUCUGUGUAGUUCGUGACUGUCAUUGGUUGUAUGUGCAGUUUUAACUACCGGUACCAUAAGAAGUCUGUAGAUCAAACCUCGCCUUCCUUACUUUCUGUUGUGUUUGAAAUUCAUAACCGCCCGAGUUUUUGUGUCCCUAAUGAGUCACUAGUGACCCAUUAGGUAUAUAACCAGAAGACAGCUUGAAUGAAUAGCUACAUGUAUCGUUGUUCAAAUGCAUGGCCUCAAUAUUAAUGUUCUUUGAAGUUGAUAGUGAUCAAAUUUGUUAAAAUAUAUUCUCAAAUGCCAGGAGACCUAGAGUCGUAAUAUUUUUUCCAUUAUGUAUAGCUGGAAUGAAAAGGUUAUCAAAGUUGCACAGCUGAACAAACUUGACCUUCCUUUAAGGUCAAAGGGUGAAAUAUAUUAAAUCUUCAUGAUCAUUACUUCUCAAGUAACUAAGGUCAGGGGUCAUAAUAUUUCACCAGCUAGAAGCGAGGAUGGCUAUAAAAGCUGGUCAUAUACAUGACACUGAUGAUAUAUUAAAACAAAGUUCAUGCCAUUUGACCAGUGAGUAUGGUAGCUUGGAAGGAGGGCUCUCAGUUGUUCAAAUAAAUGAAUCUGACCUUUCUUUAGUAGAACGUAUUAACAUCUUACUUUCUUUUUAGUUACAGGAGGCCUAGGAUCGUAUUUGACCAGUAUAUAUGUACCUGGUAAUAAAGGCCUAGGGUUGUAUUUGACCAGUAUCUACCUGGUAAUGAAGGCUAUAAGUAUGUGUUGCUUCAAUAACAUUGAUUUUCUUUCAUUCAUGGUCAAAGUAAUCAAAUAUAUUAAUUCAAACAUUAAAACAUUCAACAUUCAAAGAACUUUUGCAGAUUCAUUAGGCCAUGGUUUGAUUCAGGUUUUAAAAGACCACUACUCCUGAGAGGUUUCCACGAUUCUAGUCAGAUUUGAUAUUUAACAUCAAUAGGUCAUGAAUAUGCAUAAUGUGUGCUCCAAAAAUCAAAUGAGGGCAAUAAGUGUUUUUUAUAUUUGAAUGACUACGCCUCAAGAUUAUAUAGUUUGCUAUAUUUGUAAAUAAAUUAGGUCUUUAUAUUCACCCAAAAAAGCAAACUGAAGGUUAUUGCCCUCCAGGAAGCAGACUUUCAGAACACUGAACAGUGCAAUUUGACUUGUUUAACAUUAAAAAAGAAUACUUCUUCCAAUUUGUUAGAAAAUUUCAUCUCAAUACUAUUUUUAUACUUAUUGACAGAUCUAGAAUAUUUGUGAAAAUGAAGCCAUGUUUAUUACAACUCACCAGAUCGUAGUUACAGUCUGUAGUAGAUAGUAUUGAGCAAUCCAGGUUUUCAUUGGAAAGUAUCACAAUUUGAACUGUAUCAUUUUUUUAUUCUUCUGUUGGAAGGGAACAACUUUUCUUCCAUAAUUGCCCAUGCUUAUCGACUAUAAGCCAUUAAAUAGCAGAGAUUUUGAUAGCCUAAAUUUCUGUCUAAUGAAAUGUGGCCAUUUGACAAAAAAAAAAAAAAAAUCAUGGCCACAAGACUUUGUGUUUUUACAUUGUGGGCAUUCAUUUGUGAUGCAAUACCAUGGUGGGUAGUUAAAUACUACAGGUCAAAAUUUCUACCAAAACUUUUAAGUGUCAUCAUUGGUAAUACUGUUCACAUACCUGUGAUUUUUGCUCUCAUCGACAAAUUCCUUAUGUGGUCCAACUCAUAGUUUCGCCUGACUUGACAGUUUAAGAACAAAGUCUCUCUAGAAAAUUUCAUAAAAGUUCUGGUUGAAAUCCAAGAACUCCUGACCAUUGUCAUGUUUGACAAGUGAGAGGUACAUGUAGGUAAAGUAUCAUUCCAGAAUGUGUGAUCACAGUUCUUUUCCUUUAAAGGUUGUUUUAUAUUUGUAAUAAAUAUUGUUUAUGUUGAUGAUAAAAAUUAAAUUCUCAUAUACCUUCAUAUUUAUGUAUUAUCUACCAUAAUUUACUGCAUUUUUAAAUAUAUAUUCAGUAUGAACUGUUAUCUGUGUGAGUGUGAAGGAAAUAAAAAUGAACAUUUUAUUUUAACAAAAUGAAA